CGCGGGGGCGGUGCUUUGUCCGCGGCGCGGCAGCAUGGAGGAGCUGAGCAGCGUGGGCGAGCAGGUCUUCGCCGCCGAGUGCAUCCUCAGCAAGCGGCUGCGCAAGGGCAAGCUCGAGUACCUGGUCAAGUGGCGCGGCUGGUCCUCCAAGCACAACAGCUGGGAGCCCGAGGAGAACAUCCUGGACCCGAGGCUCCUCCUGGCCUUCCAGAAGAAGGAGCAGGAGAAGGAGGUGCAGAGCCGGAAGAGGGGCAAGCGGCCUCGGGGCCGGCCGCGGAAGCUCACAGCCAUGUCCUGCAGUCGCCACUCCAAGCUCCAGGAGCCCGCCGCCCCCUCCAAAUCCAAGUCCAGCAGCUCGUCCUCCUCGUCUACCUCUUCCUCCUCGUCCUCAGAUGAAGAGGACGAGAGUGACCUGGAUGCCAAGCGGGGCCCGCGAGGCCGCGAGACACACCCAGUACCCCAGAAGAAGGCCCAGAUCCUCGUGGCCAAGCCAGAGCUCAAGGACCCCAUCCGGAAGAAGCGUGGCCGCAAGCCGCUGCCCCCCGAGCAGAAGGCAGCCCGCAGGCCUGUGAGCCUCGCCAAGGUGCUGAAGACGGCCGCUCGCAAGGACCUGGGGGCCCCUGCCGGCAAGCUGCCCCCGCCGCUCAGCGCCCCCGUAGCCGGCCUGGCUGCCCUCAAGGCCCACGCCAAGGAAGCCUGCGGCGGGCCAGGCAGUGUAGCCUCCCCGGAGAGCCUGGCCAGCCUGAUGAAGGGCAUGGCGAGCAGCCCCGGGCGGGGCGGCAUCAGCUGGCAGAGCUCCAUCGUGCAUUACAUGAACCGCAUGAGCCAGAGCCAGGCCAGCAGGCUGGCACUCAAGGCCCAGGCCCCCGGCAAGUGCAGCCUCGGGCUGGACCUCAAGGUAAGGACGCAGAAAGGGGAGCUGGGAGGAAGCCCCCCGGGAAGCAAGGUCCCCAAGGCCCCUGGCAGCAGCGGGUCCGGGGGGCAGGAAGGGGGCGGGGCUGGGGGGGCCCCCCACAGCCACGGUGGCAGCAAGACCAUGGUCCGCGCCCCAGGCCCCCAGCCCGCCCCCACCCAGGAGCUGAGCCCACAGGUGCUAGACUUGCAGAGUGUCCGCAACGGGGCACCAGGGGGGCCCCUGGCUGCCCGCCAGGCCCCGUCAGCCAAGGGUGGCCCCAGCGUGCACGCUGCUGGCGGGAAGGGUGCGGGCGGGGGACCCCAGGCGGGGAGCACACCCGGCACCCCCACCGACUCGGGCAGGAGCGAGAAGCUGGCCUCCAGGGGGGUACCUGUGCCUGCCCCCGCGGGCAAGAGGGACAGUGCCCGGGGGGGCCCUGGCCCCGAGGCCCCCGCCGUCCCCGGAGAACCCCGCAAGGCGGCUGCACUGUCGGAGGUGAGCUCGGCCGAGUCUUCUAGCAGUUCGGACUCGGACCCGGACCCAGCCUCGCCGCCCGGCGCCGGACACAACCUGUCAGUGUCGGUGCAGACGAGCCAGGACUGGAAGCCAGCCCGCAGCCUCCUGGAGCACGUGUUUGUCACCGACGUCACCGCCAACCUCGUCACCGUCACCGUGAAGGAGUCCCCGACCAGCGUGGGGUUCUUCAGCCUGCGGCACUACUGAGCCUGCCUCGGCUGGUCUGCGCCCCAUGCCUCAGGGAACUGC